CUCCGUAUAAAUGGGGGGCGGCAGCAGCGGCGCUUCGUCGAGACGGAGCCGCGGGCAGAGGCAGCCCGCAGCGAAGAGCGGCUCAGCAUCGGCCCCGGCAGCGACAGGAUGGGCGGAGGCGGCCCACGGCGGUCCGGUGCGCUGCCGCUGCUGGCGCUGGCGCUUUUGGCGGCGCAGGGCAGCGCGGCCCCGCUGCAGCCCGGCAGCUCCCCCGCCAUCACCAAGAUCUAUCCCCGCGGCAGCCACUGGGCUGUGGGACAUUUAAUGGGGAAAAAGAGCACGGGAGGUUUUCCUUACGUUUACGAGGAAGACAACAAGCCCCCGCUUUCGGCUUUACCUGAGAAUCUCAAGCAGCUGGAAGAUUAUCUGCAGUGGGAAGAAAUCUCAAAAUACUUGCUGCGGCUGCUGGAAGGGAAUGAAAACAAAAGCACUCACUUUUUAAAAGGGGGGCUUCCCUGGUAUGCCAGGAACAGCUGGGAGAGGGAUGACACCAGCAGCUGGAAAGAUAUGAUGGAUUAUCUGCUUCAAGUUGUGAAUAUGAAAGAGAGUGCUCCGAGCUGAAAGAAGGUCUCUAAACCGUGAAGAGAUGGAAUACUUUCCACAAGAGACUGUGUUUCACAAGCACUCGGUCAUAUCAGAUAAUCAACAAGGUCUCUUUCUGUAAACACGAUUUCCAUGGUGUGAAAUACCUAAAUACACAUACUCUUGUGUGUUUCAGCAACGACUACAUGCUACUUCAUUUUCAAGGUUGCAUUUUCUCACUUGAAUGGCUUUGAUAUUCUUAAGUGUCAUGGAAGGGUCUUCCAAUUAAUUAUCUGACUUACCUAUCCAAUCACUUCAUCUCCUAGUCCAAAUCUACAUGGCAUUUCCACAGUCACAAUAAACAGUACUGAUAAAAA